CAUUUUUUACCUUCUUUUAUAAUUAAUUUUUUUAGUAAUUACAAAGUGAAAACAAACUACCUAUUAGGUUAAGUGAGGUUAUGCUAUUAUGGUUAUCUACCCUGUAUACAUGAUAAGGUUUUUUAUAAAUUAGCUUUAACACUGUUUUUCUAUUUAUUUAUUAGUAUGUGUUUCCAUCCAUUCAAUAGAAUUUUCCAUUGGGGCCCACUGACUGCUCUAGGUAUAAUAAAAGUAGUUGCUGGUACGACAAUUUAUUGCAGUGAACUCUGGUGGCCUAAAUCGACUGUUGGGGGCUUCAUUAAUAGUGCAUGUUUCUUUUGCGGAUUUGGAUUAACAUUAUACAACUUUUUAUCAUCAGUAUUUAUUGGCCCAGGCUAUCUACAGUUACAUUGGAAACCGGAAAAUGAAAAUGAUAUCUUAUAUCUCCAAUACUGUGAAGUUUGUGAAGGCUACAAAGCACCCAGGGCUCACCACUGCAAAAAGUGUAAUCGAUGUGUCCUCAAAAUGGAUCACCACUGUCCUUGGAUCAAUAACUGUGUAGGUUGGGCAAACCAGCCAUAUUUUAUUGCAUUUCUUCUGUUUGCUGUCUUAGCCAGUAUGCAGAGUUCAGUAGUACUAUCAUUUUCACUUUAUCAUGCUUUAUACAGGCCCUGGUAUAUUUAUUAUAGAAUUAAAAACGUUCCUAUGAUACAUUUAAGUCUACAUGGUGUUAUCUUAACAGUUUUUGCUCUGGGAUUGGCUGUAGGGGUUGUUGUUGCUGUUGGAAUGGUAUUUGUAUUUCAAAUGCUUGCUGUUAUAAGGAAUCGCACAGGCAUAGAAGAUUGGAUUUUACAAAAGGCAAUUCACCGAAGGAGCGACAGUCACGAAGUGUUUAUUUUCCCAUACGAUUUGGGGAGAAAGGAGAAUAUAAGACAGGUCCUAAAUUGGAGUUUACAACCUCUUGGUGAUGGCAUUCAUUGGCCUGUGAGGGAGGGUUGUGACCAAUACACACUAACAAAAGAACAAUUGGAACAAAAAAAUGAAAAAAAAGAAAGAAGUCGAAUCUAUAGCAUUGUAAGACCAGUAUCAGGGUCUUGGUUUCCCAUUUCUUAUGGUUUUGGGACUUUUUUCCAUCCUGUUUGUACUGAUGAGCCAAGACUGAAACUGGAAAUUGGUGAUGAAGUUUUGGUCACUAGGUGGCGAAAAUAUUGGCUCUAUGGAGAAAAACAAAGUCCAAUUAUACCAAAGUUAAAGGGGUGGUUUCCACGAAAAAGUGCUAUUGAACUUACCAAUAAGAAGUUGGACUAGAUGAUCUUCCCCUUUAUCAUUAAGUAGACGUUUUCAGUCAUAACUAUCUGAUAUAACUGUUUAAUAAGUAUAAGGGAAUGUAUUGAAUAUGUAAUAUAUUUAUUUAAAAAAUGACGGGGCCUCUGCAUAUUGAAUUUCUUAUUAAUAAUUUUUAUUAAUGUAGUUCCUUCCUUUUUUGACUUACUUCUAAGAUUUUACACAAUUUUGUUUUCAUUAAGUGGAAUCUUAUGUGAAUAACUGCUGUAUAUUUUUGUA